CCAGCAUUUGUUCGGGUGCGCGGAUUAGCCCGUAUCCCAUAUCAACGGACAUACUUGUUGAACUUAGGGGUGCCCUAAGAAAUUAGCCCGUAUCCCAUAUCAACGGGUAUACUUGUUGAACUUGGGGGUGCCCUAAGAAAUUAGCCUCCGCCCUCUGCCGCUGCUGCCAUCGACAGGAGACAUGCUGCCGCCGUUCAAAGGACGUUUCUUCAGGGCACGGCGUCCCCAGAUGGAACACCGCUUCUUCCGGGUAGGCAAUGCUUCCUUCAACGAGUAUAGAUGGCCGACUGAAAUCACUAGCGUUCCCAGGGACCAGAAACAGCUCAAGAGAAAUUCUCGAUCUUCACCCUCGCGUCAUAUUUGCUGCAAUCUUCGUCAAGUCCUAAAUCGAAUUGAGGCGGUAAAAAACACACAAAAAGUCACAGAGGCCAUGAAAUUGGUGGCCGCCGCAAAGGUUCGGAGAGCUCAAGAGGCUGCCGUCAGUUCUAGACCCUUUGCCGAGGCCCUUGUUGAGGUUCUGUACAACAUGCACGAGCAGCUCCGGGGGGAAGACGUCGAAGUCCCUUUAACAGCCAUUCGUCCUGUGAAAAAAAUUGCGCUGAUUGUCGUCACCGGUGAUAGAGGCCUAUGUGGAGGUUUCAACAAUGCCAUCCUGAAGAAAGCCGAGAUUCGUAUAAAGGAAGUGGCGGAUCUUGGCUUGGAUUGCACCAUAAUAAGUGUUGGGAAAAAGGGGAAUUCUUAUUUUUUUAAACGGAGGGAGGACAAAACAGUGGAUAGUUAUGUGGAAGGAGGGAAAUUUCCAACCAUAAAGGAUGCACAAGUAAUAGCAGACAAUGUUUUCUCUUUAUUUGUGAGUGAAGAGGUUGAUAAGGUGGAGCUGUUGUAUACAAAGUUUGUGUCUUUGAUCAAGUCUGAGCCUAUAAUUCACACUUUGCUUCCAUUGUCCAAAAAGGGAGAGGUUCGAGACGUGAAUGGGAAGAGCAUUGAUGUGGAGGGGGAUGAGUUCUUUAGGUUGAGCACAAAGGAGGGGAAACUAACAGUGGAGAGGGACCAUCAUAGGAAUAAUGAAAACAGAAAAGGGUUUUCACCUUAUAUGUAGUUUGAGCAAGACCCUGCACAGAUUCUUGAUGCAUUGAUGCCUCUUUACUUGAACAGUCAAAUUUUGAAGGCGCUUCAAGAGUCAUUUGCAAGCGAGCUUUCAUCAAGGAUGAACGCAAUGAGUAAUGCCACUGAUAAUGCUAUCGAGCUGAAUAGGAACCUCUCCAUUGCUUAUAACCGGCAGAGGCAGGCUAAGAUCACUGGUGAUAUAUUGGAGAUUGUUUCUGGAGCAGAGGCUUCCCUUACAUAGGGGUAUUGUUUAGCUUUCGAUCUUCAUUGUUUUUGCAUGAGUAAUAUUUUGAGUUGAUCAGCAGGUAAUUUAUUUGCCAAUGGAUUAUAGCUGUAGUAGAAUAUUCUGAAGUAUAACUUGUAGGGGUUUCCUAUAACAUUACUUAAAUAAAAUCAAUGGUCCCUGCGCAUUACAAAUGCCACAUUUUUGUGCAUGACAUUUUUUACUAUUCCCU